GAGUUCACAUCUGUGCUAAAUGAAAAUAAACAUGACGACGGACAGCUCUACCUAUUACAACGAUACCGAUGUUAAGCAUUACUAUACAAUUACAUACACUUUGAUUCUGAUCCCUGGAUUAAUAGGGAAUGUUUUAGCUCUGUGGGUCUUUUACGGCUACAUGAAAGAAACUAAAAGGGCUGUGAUAUUUAUGAUCAAUCUAGCCAUUGCUGACUUAGCACAAGUUUUAUCCCUGCCUCUAAGGAUUUUCUACUACUUGUCUGGAACAUGGCACUUCGGAGAUGGUCUCUGUAUAUUUUGUUUCUAUCUUAAGUAUGUAAAUAUGUAUGCAAGCAUCUACUUCUUGGUUUGCAUCAGUGUAAGACGAUUUUUGUUUCUUAUGUACCCCUUCAAGUUCAGUGACUGCAAACGUAUAUAUGAUGUGUACAUCAGUAUCGCCGGGUGGAUUGUAGUCUGCAUUGGCUGUUUGCCUUUUCCUCUUCUAAGAUUUAACUCUAGUGAGAUGAAUACCAGUGAUAGGUGCUUUGCAGAUCUUCCCAUAAAGGACAUUGACCUCUCCAACUCCAUUGUGAUGAUGACCAUAGGUGAGCUGAUUGGAUUUGUAACUCCUCUGCUGAUAAUUCUGUAUUGCUCAUGGAAGACUAUCCUAUCAUUAAAAGAAAAGAAUUCCAUUUCCCAUGACUUUGGAGAGAAAAAAAAGGCUUUAAAGAUGAUCCUCACCUGUGCUGUGGUAUUUCUGAUUUGCUUUGCACCUUAUCAUAUCAGUUUUCCUUUAGAUUUCCUUGUUAAAUCAAGAUGGAUACACAACCAACGUGCCCGAAAUGUGAUUUCAAUAUUUCAUGCAGUGGCUUUGUGUCUUGCCAGUUUGAAUUCCUGUGUAGAUCCAGUCAUAUACUACUUCACUACAGAUGAGUUCAGAAGACGACUUUCAAGACAAGAUUUGCAAGACAGCAUUCAGUUACACAACAGAGGUUAUGCGAAAAAGCAUUCCAGAACUGUGUAAUAAGGUAAAGUGGUGGAAUAUUAAUAUUGCACUUUCUGAAAUUAUUAAAAGGAUGUUCAACAUCAUAUUCAUGUGGCCCAGCAUACUGGGGAAAAUUCUGAAACCCUUUCUCAGGCAAACAUCUGUUGAUUUCAAUGAGCAUUGGACUGAUUAAAAAACUGACAAAGGACUUGAGGAUUUGACCUUUUUCUUGCAACUUUUUGUGAAUAUUGAAUUUAAGCAACAAGUCAUGUAUAUAAUAAAAAAAGAAUUGAUAUAGCGCCCAAUCCAGAACUAGCCAAGCCAGAAUAAAAUAGUUUUGUUCAUGUGAAACUGAUGAGUGUGAGGUUGGGAUUUCACUUGUUGAAUGGAUGUAAGGGCCAGGACAUUAAUUCUGCAUCCAGCUAUUGCUGUGUAUAGGACAGGGAGCAUGAAGGAUGUCACCUGCCACUACCCUCCUAUAUCAGCUUUCAGCCACGGGAUAUACAAUAUACAUUGUCCCCCUGGUCACAACCACAACACGUCCACUUCUAUAACUCUGCAAUGCUUUGCAGAGGCCCUCAGGAGAGAUCUCAUGUAUGUCCACAUGCCCUUCUGAGAAAAUUCUCUGCUACUUUGGCCAACAGUGCAGAAGAAAUGCAUCAUUUCUGCUAAUCUGCACCUUAACUGAGAAGGCUCAGUAUUUGGCUCAUGGUUAGGAGGCCACUAAUCCCCCAAAGUACACCUAGGCUAGACAAGCGUGGUAGGGCCCCCACCAGCAAAAACCAAUUGGCUACAACGCACAAAUAGACUUAGCUGAGGAGAAGCCACACAGUACAGUUUUGAUGGAUUAUGUAAAGAGGAGAAAGUAAUAUGUUGGAGGCAUGGCCUGUGAGGCCCUGUGUAGUGCAAAUUCGGUGCAGAUUAGGUGCAACAGUCUACAUCUAGUACCCAUCUCCAUACCUUCCUGUAAUAUCUGCUACCCUGCCACAUGCUGGCGACUGCUGGAUGGGGUUGAGCAUGGCCCAGCAAAGCUCUUUGAUUUGGAUUUUGCUAUGUGGCCUGGAUUUGACCCUAAAAUAAGAAGCACUUGGCAAGAUAUUAUUUAUUUUUGUGAUGAACACUGGCUUCAGAAACUUUGUCAAAACUUUGAAUUAAGCAAAACUAUCUUCAUAUUGGGCCAAUCCCUGAUGUCGUUGGGCUCCUUAUUCAGACAAUAUUCCCUUUGAGUUAAGAGAAUUUUCACUAAAUAAGGACUUCCAGAUUUGGCCCCGUACUAAAACAGUAACGAUUAUUUAAUUUGUAUAGAGUGCCAAGUGUCUGCUUAAUGCAAUACUAACCAUAUGGAGAGGAAGAGGAAGUUCUUGCCUCAACAAGUUUACAAUUUAAAUAUUAAUUAACAUUGCCUCCUAUUUUUGAGUAGAUCAUGUUACAGAUUCCAUCGCCUUGGCUCUAAGAUAUGGUUGGGUUAAUCUAUUAAGAAAAAAGUAAGGACCGUCUUGUAAUUUUGCUGUUUCUAUAAUCAAAAGUCCUAAAAUGUCCAGAAAGCUCCCCCCCCCCCCCAUUGCCUGUUUCUGGCUCAGAGAUGGAAAUGCCAAAAUACUAUGAGAAAGAUUUCACUGCUAAUUUUGCAGACUUGAGUAAGCUUCCAGUAAAAGGCUCCACACUUGAGGAUAUUUAUACCAAACCAAAUGUCAAACAAAUCUUUUAAGGCUCACCCCUUGCUGAAGGCGUGGAAUGAAAUGAUUUCUUACUUACAACUGACUUUUUGUGACUAUAAUAUCUACCUUCUGUGUUGUCAGUCACAUUGCAGGUGCAUUUUGCAAAAUGUUCAAUGGGAGUCCAGGUUUAUGAGCCCACUGUUCAUUUCAUGAUUGAUUUGAGAAGAUGCUCUCUGGAAUUCUAAAAAUGCCAAACUCUAGCCAAGUGGAAACCAAUGAGAGCUUCAUCCCUGACUUCAAAAGGGCUAAGAUAUGGCCAGAGGAGUCUAAACUCUCUGAAUUUUGCUGGUUUACAUUUUGUUAUUAAAAGUAAACUACUUUAAAUGAAAGUGUUAUUUUAAUGCAGAAGAUUAAUGUAACUAGAAGCAAAGAUAUUAUAGAAUAUAGAGAGUCUUACAGUGAUGG